AUGGUUCAACUCUUCCAAGACACAGAUCCUAAAGGUCAGCCCUGCACCCUGAACAGCUCAGAGGGAGGAGCCAGACCAGUAGCGCCUGAUGCCCUGCCCUCUUCUGCCCUAAACAGAUGGCUCCAUAAGGCAGUGGGUGAGGCCCUGGUGCACAUCAGAGUCACUCUUCUGCUGGUCUCAUUUGGAGUGUCUUUGUUCAUUUCUGACCACUCUCAAGCCAGGGCCUCCCAGCACUUCUCCUCUCCAGAAUUGGUGAUCCCCUUGAAGGUGACUGGCAGGGGCAGAAAUGCAAAGGCUCCAGGCUGGCUCUCCUACAGCCUGCGGUUUGGGGGCCAGAGACACAUUGCCCGCAUGAGGGUCAAGAAGUUCUUGGUUUCCAGACACCUCCCAGUGUUCACCUACACAGACCAGCGUGCCCUCCGCCAGGAUCAGCCUUUUGUUCCUGAUGACUGCUACUAUCAUGGUUAUGUGGAGGGGGUUCCCAAGUCCCUGGUUGCCCUCAGUACUUGUUCUGGAGGUUUUCGAGGAAUACUACAGAUAAAUGAUCUUGCUUAUGAAAUUGAACCAGUUAGGUUUUCUGCCACAUUUGAACACUUGGUGUAUAAGAUAGACAGUGAUGAUACACAGUUCCCACCUAUGAGAUGUGGGUUAACAGAAGAGGAAAUAGCACGCCAGUUGGAGUUGCAAGAGUUGCAUAAUUUCACUCUGAUGCAAAGUUCUUACACAGGCUGGUGGACCCACUUGCGUUUUCUUGAGUUGGUAGUGGUUGUGGACAAUCUUCGAUUCAUUCACUCGGAAAGUAAUGUGUCAGUAGUGCAGCGUGAAAUACUUGAUGUUGUCAAUGUAAUAGGUAGCUUGUAUCACUCUUUGGAACUUGAUGUAAUUUUAACUGGGCUUGAAGUCUGGACUGAAGGAAACCCAGUUCCCAUCGAUAACAUAGAUAAGCUUUUGGAGGAUUUUGCUGUUUGGAAGUAUUUUAACCUUGAUGACCGACUGUCACAUGAUGCGGCCCAUCUUUUCAUAAAAAAAUCAUUUGGCAUAAAGCUUGGACUUGCCUAUGUUGGUGGAAUAUGCCAGCGUCCUUUUAAUAGUGGAGUUAAUGUUUUUGAAGACGAGAGUCUGUAUGCUUUUGCAACUGUUGUGACCCAUGAACUUGGUCAUAAUUUAGGUAUGCAGCAUGAUACUGAAUGGUGUGUGUGUGAACUUCAGUGGUGCAUAAUGUUUCCUUCCAGAGUGGUGACAAAUAAAUUCAGCAACUGCAGUUAUGCCGAGUAUUGGGACAAUCUUAUCAGUAAUGGAUUAUGUCUUUACUCUCCUCCACAUCCAGGGAAUAUCUUUAGGCUGAAGUAUUGUGGGAACCUAGUGGUCGAAGAAGGAGAGGAGUGUGACUGUGGAACCAUAGAGCAGUGCAUAAAUGAUCCCUGCUGUCUGUUGAAUUGCACUCUGAAGCCUGGAGCUGCUUGUGCUUUCGGGCUUUGUUGUAAAGACUGCAAGAUCAUGUCAUCAGGGACUUUGUGUAGAAAACAGAUCAGUGAAUGUGACCUUCCGGAGUGGUGCAAUGGGACAUCCCAUCAGUGCCCAGAAGAUGUAUAUGUGCAGGAUGGGAUUCCCUGUAGUGAUGGUGCCUACUGCUAUCAAAAGAGCUGUACUAACCAUGAUGAACAGUGCAGGGAGAUAUUUGGCAAAGAUGCAAGGAGUGCACCUCAGAGUUGCUACAAAGAAAUCAACACCCAAGGAAAUCGAUUUGGUCACUGUGGUAUCAAAGACACACAAUACGUAAAAUGUGCAUCCCCUGAUAUCCUGUGUGGGAGAGUUCAGUGUGAAAAUGUGGGAGUAAUUCCUAAUCUGAUAGAACAUUCCACAGUGCAUCAGCUUCACUUCAAUGACACCACUUGUUGGGGCACUGAUUAUCAUAUAGGGAUGUCCAUAUCUGAUAUUGGUCAAGUGAAAGACGGCACAAUGUGUGGUCCAGGAAAGAUAUGUAUCCGCAACAAGUGUGUCAGUAUGGUUCACGUGCCACAAGCCUGUCAGCCUGAGACCUGCCACAUGAAGGGGAUCUGCAAUAAUAAACAACAAUGCCACUGCAAUCCUGGAUGGGCACCUCCCUACUGCGAACACCAAGGCAAUGGAGGUAGUAGUAGUAGUGGCCCACCUUUUAAUCCCCAAGCAGAAGAGACAGGACUGAAGAAGGGAAAUCAGCCAUUAUUGUGGCUUAUUCCUUUGACUUGUUUAUUUUUAUGUUGCAUCCUUGUGCUUUGUAAGAAACAUAAAAAGAAGAAGGAGACAGAAACGAUGGAAGAAAAAGAGACUGAGGAGGAAGAAGGUGACUAA